CUUCCUGAUGGUUGUAGUGUGAUCAACAAGUCCGGUGUGAAUCGUGUUGUUUGGAAGAGGCCUCGCCUGACUCACAAUGGCCCUGUGCGCCGCAGCACCAUCAUUGACCAGAUUCCUUUCCUGGCAGUUGCUAGAGCACUGGGUGAUCUUUGGAGCUAUGACUUCUACAGCGGUGAAUUUGUUGUGUCUCCUGAACCUGACACUAGUGUGCACACGAUUGAUCCCCAGAAACACAAAUAUAUUAUCCUUGGCAGUGAUGGACUGUGGAACAUGAUCCCACCUCAAGAUGCUAUCUCCAUGUGCCAGGAUCACGAGGAGAGAAAAUGCUUCAUGGGAGAGCACCGACAGUCUUGUGCCAAAAUGCUGGUGAACAGAGCACUAGGCCGGUGGAGGCAGCGCAUGCUUCGUGCAGAUAACACUAGUGCCAUCGUCAUCUGCAUCUCACCUUUGCAGGAUAGCAAAAGCAACUUGGAAAAUGAAGAAGAAUUGUAUCUCAACUUGGCAGAGAGUCCCUGCUAUAGCAGCCCUGAUAUGAAUGUCAUGGCACCCUCCCGCUGCUCUACCCCACCUGUCAAGCUUUUAGAAGAUGAUCCAUGGCCACGACUGAAUGCUUCUGAGGGUAUUCCUCCCCUCAUGCAUAGCAACAUGAUCUCAGAAAAAUAUUUAGAGCUAACAAAUGAGAUUGCUAAAAGCAAUUUACCUUCAUCAGGAGCAACCCCGAAGGAUUCAGGUCCGCAGGAGGAGAAGUGCAGCAAAGCAUUGGCUUUGAGGAUACACGACUCCUACAGUAAUGGUUUGUCACUCAGUCUCUCCCCUUCCAACUCCGCAAAUUCAGGCACGGACCAAAAAGGCUUCAAGGUGUCCCCUAAUGGCCAAACAAAAGCCCAAGAUGCAGAGAGGACACCCACAGCAAACUUUAAAAGGACAUUGGAAGAAUCCAACUCUGGCCCAGCUGUGAAGAAGCCAAGACGUGGCCUGAGUCGAAACCUUAGUGUCCAACCAGAAGGCAUGUCCGCAACUCCACAGCGCAAAAACUCAAACAAGCUGACCAUGCGGCGCAGCCUGCGGGGCCAGAAGAAGCUCAGCAAUUCCCUCUUCCACCCGCCCAGGAAAGCGGUCUGCGUUUGCUGAGGGGCGUUUUUGUAAGGAAGUGUCUUUUGGUCUGGUUAGAAUUUUAAAGUUGGUGCAGAAGUCUGAAACUCUUCCUGUUUAUCUUUUUUUAAAGUAGAAACUUUUUUUGGUAUCAAACAGCUUUAUCCCAGCCUUGUACUUGCUUGUAUUAUAACUGUGAAUUUUGUAGAUGUGUAGGGUAUAAGUCACUGUAAAAUGUGUG